AUGCCUGAGGCGUCCCGGUGGCACCGAGGAGAAACCAUUGCAGCUUUCCUUCACACAGUGCAACAACUAAAAAUAGUUGUGUUUUUCCAUCGUUGUUACCUACAUAUUUUCUAUAAAUGGCAUAAUAAAUUUGUUUUGUAUCUCACAGGGACUUCGAAGCCUAAGCUACAUUACAGAAAGGAAGUAGAAAUUAGAACGACACUUCAGGAGUUGUUACUCUACUUUAUUUUUUUAAUAAAUCUAUGUAUAUUGACUUUUGGGAUGGUAAACCCACACAUGUAUUACUUAAACAAGGUUAUGUCAUCUCUAUUUUUGGACACUUCUGUAUCUGGUGAUGAAAGAACCAACUUUAAGUCUAUUCGCAGCACAACUGAUUUUUGGAAGUAUAUGGAAGGACCCCUUUUGGAAGGUUUGUACUGGGACUCAUGGUAUACUAACCAGAAGCUGUAUAAUUUGAAGAACAGCAGUCGCAUCUACUAUGAGAACAUAAUUCUAGGAGUCCCCAGAGUCCGACAACUAAAAGUCCGCAAUAACACAUGCAAGGUCUAUUCAUCCUUUCAGUCUUUGAUUACUGAAUGUUAUGACAAAUAUACUGCUGAAAAUGAAGACCUAUCUGAUUUUGGCCUCCAAUCUAAUACUGAAUGGACGUAUUCUACUUCUAAUACCAGUUCUCCUUGGCAUUGGGGAUUUGUUGGUGUUUACCGAAAUGGGGGCUUUAUUUUCACUUUAUCAAAAUCAAAAUCUGAAACCAAAAACAAGUUCAUUGACCUUCGACUGAACAGCUGGAUCACAAGAGGGACCAGAGUUAUUUUUAUUGAUUUUUCACUAUACAAUGCUAAUGUAAAUCUGUUUUGCAUCAUCAGAUUGGUGGCAGAAUUCCCUGCAACUGGAGGAAUACUUACUUCAUGGCAGUUUUACUCUGUGAAGCUCCUCAGAUAUGUUAGCUACUAUGAUUAUUUUAUUGCUUCCUGUGAAGUCACAUUUUGCAUUUUUCUUGUUGUUUUCACAACACAAGAAAUCAAGAAAAUAAAAGAAUUUAAGUCUGCUUAUUUAAAAAGUAUUUGGAACUGGCUAGAAUUACUACUUUUGGUGUUGUGCUUUACAGCUGUUUCCUUCAACAUAUACUGUAAUAUACAACUUUUUCUCUUACUUGGACAGCUAUUGGAAAAUACUGAAAAAUAUUCAGAUUUCUAUUUUCUUGCAUACUGGCACAUUUAUUAUAACAAUAUAAUUGCUGUUACCAUCUUCUUUGCAUGGAUAAAGAUAUUCAAAUUCAUAAGCUUUAAUAAGACAAUGUCUCAGCUGUCAUCAACUUUGUCUCGCUGUAUCAAAGACAUAGUAGGAUUUGCCAUCAUGUUUUUUAUAAUAUUCUUUGCUUACGCCCAGUUAGGAUUUCUUGUUUUUGGAUCACAGGUUGACGACUUUUCCACUUUUCAAAAUUCCAUAUUUACACAAUUUCGAAUUGUUCUUGGAGAUUUUAAUUUUGCUGGUAUUCAGCAAGCCAAUUGGAUCUUGGGACCCAUUUACUUCAUCACUUUUAUCUUUUUUGUGUUCUUUGUCCUGCUGAACAUGUUCUUGGCAAUAAUUAAUGACACCUAUUCUGAAGUGAAAGCUGAUUAUUCAAUAGGCAGAAGACCAGAUUUUGAACUUGGUAACAUGAUUAAAAAGGGUUGUUUUAAUGCACUUGAGAAACUCAAACUGAAGAAAGCUCAAGAAGAUGAAGACGUAAAUAUCAAAAGCAGUGGAGAAUUGGCUGAAGAAGCCAGAAGACAAGGCUUUGAUGAAAAUGAGAUUCAAAGAGCAGAGAAAAUGAAAAAAUGGAAAGAGCGGCUUGAGAAGAAGUAUUAUUCUACAGAAAUUGAAGAUGACUACCAGCCUGUCACUCAACAAGAAUUUCAAGAACUCUUUUUAUAUGCUGUGGAGCUGGAGAAGGAAUUACACUAUAUCAGUUUAAAGCUAAACCGAGUGAUGAGAAAGCUUUCAGCUCUACAAAAAUAA